AUCGAAAAAACGUUUGGUUGUAGUCUCAAAAAGGCGGCGGUGACACUGCUCUUGGCGAAUCAACAAUUAUUAUUUUGAUUUAAAUAUUUUCAACUGCAACGUAUUCUCUCCUAUACUACUUGAGCCUACUUUGUGGGACUUCUUAUUUUACCUAUUUCAAGAGAUUCCGUUUGCCAAGUCAUAGAAUUCGAACGAAUAAACCACAAAAGAAACAUGAACGUUUGUCGCCUGUGUUUGGCAAAGGACGCUAACUUUUCGGUUGUAAACUCCACGGCUGCAAUGAGAAUAAUGGCAUGCAUUUCUCUAGAAAUCGAGCCCGGAGACGGCCUGCCGCAGCACAUAUGUACCAUUUGCCGCCUGCGGCUCGAGGAGAUGAACAGCUUCCGUCGACGCUGCCUCGCUGUGGAUCGUCGACUGAAGCGCAGAAAAUUGCUGCAAAAGCAGGAGCCCAAGGCCCAUAUGGCGGUGAUUGCGGCGCAGGAGGAGGCCGAGGAGGAACGAACCCUGCGGGACGUGGUCGGAUGCACGGCAACCGCCUGCUCCGAGAGCAACGCCCAGUGGCGUCUGCAGGCAGCCAAGGUCAUUCGAGCAGAGAUAGACGCUUACAAGAAGGAGCUGCAUGGCAUCUGCACGCAGGCGGUGCGCACUGAGAUCGAGAACGAAGUCCGCGUCGAAGUGAUGGGAGUGCUCAUGGCUGAGGCCAAGCAGAAGCUGAAACUCAGCGUCCUGGACGAGCUCUUCGACGAGGUGGAGGCAUUCUUCGUGCGCAAGCGCAACGAGGCGGCCUUUGGGUCGGAGAGUUUAUGCUCGAAUUCCCCCCGAAGGGAUGCAGCGAAAAGCGAAGGUUUCUUCGAAGCGGAACGGGAAGAACCAGUGGACGGAGAUGUCGUGGAGCUACUGGAUGACGAACCAGAGCCUAGGAAUCCAGAACCACCAGAAGCUCAUCCUGCAUGUCCCACCGAUUCGAUCGAUCCCAUGCCCAUGGUUGAGAUCAAUAUGAGUGACUCUCAGAUGAGCCAUCUGCUCGAGGACUUCAACAGGGAAGCCUUCCUAAAGGCUAAGACUACUCCGCGUAAGGAUGUGGAGGUAACGAAGCCCUCCGCCAAGAGAAAGCGACGCGAAAGCGUUUUAUUGUGCCGGAAGCACAGCAACAGGGCAAAGCGGUACUCCCAGGAGCCUGUCGAAUGCAGCGAAUGCGUGUGUUGUCGUCUUCGAGGUGCAGCUAAGCUAAAUCGCACAGCUUCCUAGGCAAUAGUCUAUACAUUUUAGCAACUAGUAUAUUAAUUUCAUCGUUAUCCUAUUAGAUUUAAGAUUAUGAAGAAAAAGGAACAAGAAGAAAUCUUUGGUUUUCUAAUGUCUGCUGACAAACAUAUUUAUCGUCAAUGCUGCGUGUUCUAACUUUGCUUUCAUAGACUUAACUUUUUUUUAUAGAUUUUUUUUUAUUAUGUAUAAGAUAUAUGUAUAUUUUAAAACUUACACUAAGGUGAAAACCCCAGGAAAAACACUUGAAAUAUAUUUUUAUUUCCACAGCAGAUAAGGCUGAUAUCCACCCUGUAGCUUAAUUUAGAAUUAAGCAUACAGCGUACAAAUAAAUAAAUAUUU